AUGGCCCACCACCACUCCACAAACGCGCGUUUGAAAGAAGGAGAAAGGGAGAGGACGCCGACGAAGACGCGACCGUGCUUAUUGCGUCUUCGCCGGGCCGCGCGUCGGACGCCGGCCGACGGAGCUAUAAGCACCGGCCUAAGCUUUCAAGUUGAAGACACUCAAGCAAAAAUCUUUGUGGAUAAUCUGUAUGACGCUCUUUAUCAGGCAGGAAUACACGCGUUUAAGGAUGACGAGAAGUUUCUUAGAGGGAAACCCAUCUCCCAGGAACUCGUCAAAGCAAUUGAAGAGUCGAGAUUUGCAGUGACGGUCUUCUCAAAAAACUAUGCAAACUCUUCUUCGUAUUUAGAAGAACUUGCCAAGAUCAUUGAAUGUCGGGAUCUAAGGAGACAGGGGGUCUUACCCAGUGUUCUAUGA